AUGGGGUGGAGGGAACUACAGUUCCCAGGAAGCAGUGCGGCUCCCUGGCUGCCCCGCUCAGGCCACGCCCAGACCACGCCCCCACCCGCCUCGGCCACGCCCCGGCCACGCCCCCGGGCCGGCUGGUAUAUAAGGGCCGAAUGGCCCGGCGGCGGGCAGAGCGCGGAGGCGGCGCGGGCGCGCGCGGGGCUGCCGGGGCCGGAGGAGGCUGCUGCUCGCCCGCUCGCCCGCUCGCCCGCCCGCCGCUCCGCGCUUCUCCCUCCGCCUCCCCGGCCCCGCGCACCUACGAGCUCCGGGCCGCGGGCCGAGCUGCCCCGGGCGCUGUCCGGGCCUGCAGAGGGGAUGCCGGCGGGGACCUCGGGCUCGCGCCGGCGUUGCGCAGCAAAGAAAGGCGAGGCGCGGCGUCGGGGCUGCGCGCCCUGGAGCUCCGGGACGCGGCACUUGGGAACCCCCGCGGCGAGCUCCCGCCAUCUCCGCGCGGCCGGAGCGCGCAGCCCGGGGCUGGCCUCGGGUGGAAAGUGCGGGGAAUGGGGCGAGGGGCUCCGGACCCCCCACCGUGGAUUACUUGGUGUGCAUCAGCCGGGCUCAGACGACCCCCACCCCCGCGACCUCGUCUGCGUCCUGGGCUUGCUUCCUUCCACCUGGCAGUCGGGGCGCAUACCUGGCAGUAGGCUGACCCCUGGGACGUUGGUGACAUGGCGCUCAUUAAUCACACGUGACACGGAGGGCCUGCGGAAAGUGUGGGAGAGUCGAGAUGCUGCCCGAGCGCCCGGUCCCUCACAUGGCAGCCUGACACGGGGCCAGUGGAAUCCUGUGAAGUUUCUUGAACACCUACUAGGUGAAAUCGGAGGCUUGAGGCUGGCCUGGGGAUGUGCUCCCCGAACCAAGAAAGAAGGACAAGAAAAAAAGAAAGUCCCUGUAGCUCUGCCAAACGAGGAUCCCCAUUCUGGAGGGACCCUAAUCCUCUGCUGGUGCCUGGAGGUGUCCCAGGCAGCUUUCCAUCUCGCUCAUUAUCAUGGGCCCGCUUCCAGAACACGUCCACUCCUGGUUUCUACGACUCCGCCUUGCACACCUGUACCUCCCGUCCAGGGGAAGGACGGCUGGCUCUCGGGGGCUCAGCCAGAGGGGAGCUGACCGGAGACCAGGCCAGGCCGUCCCACCUACACGCCAGAAGCAUCUGGAGCGACCCUGUCCAACAGAUGGAGAUGGAGAUGCCCCGUAUUUACACUAUAUUGACCUGGCGUUCACCCGCAUGAGCCCGUUGAGCAGUCGCGCAGUGGCCAGCUCCACGGAAGAAGGCAACCGUCCAGUGGAUCGCACGUGUGCAUCCGUUUGGAUGUAAAUAGCCGCACGGAGGCCGGUGGUUACCCUUUGGGAGAGCCCAGAAGUUCUAAUGCUCAGCGCAGGUACGACCUCGCUUCGGCUGUCUCUGCAAAGGCCACCACCGGAUGCAGCCACCUGGCCAGCGUGCAGCCUGCGACCGCCGCCCGGGCCCUCGCGGCCCCCCUCCCCUGCACCGAGGACACCCCGCUGCAGGCCACGCUCCCCUCCAGUCUCGCUGAGAAGGGACCGCAGAGAAGCGGGCGGAAGGUCUGAUGGCCUGGCUUGGAAGCCAGACCUGAAGUCUGAUCAAAGCCUGCAGGGCCCUGCCGCUUGCCCGCUCUUCUGGGAAGUGGGCUAUUUCCAAAGCCGCGCUGAGGCGCCCCGGCCACCGGCCACCGUGGGCCCUCGGACUCUGCUUGUGACGCUCUUUCACUGCUAAUAACCUAAGGGACAGUUGUGGGGUUGAGGCAGUAAUGCGGCAGGAGCACUUGGCCCACUUCGGCUUCCACCAGAGCCUUCCCAUUCGCACGCUGAAAUAUUAGAUGUUCAGUUGGGAGUCCAAGAGCAAAAUAUUUCUGAAAUUGUGUGUGUGUGUUUUUCUUCUAAUUUAAUGUGCCAGACAAGCCUCCCUGUAAUUAAAACCAGAAACAAGGACCAGACUUAGACAGAGAUUUGAAGGCUGUAAAAUUCUAGGACAGGUUUAUGUAAAGCAAUUAAAAAGGGAGUUAAAAAUUGUUAAAAAAUUAAACACUAAUUACUUUUUUUUCUCCUCUCAUUUCUGCUGAGCUGUGUUGGCCGUGGAGCUCGAAGAACGAUAUAAAAAGGAGAAAGUUUUGCCUCGUUGCUGUAAA